AUGAUCAGAAAUUAUCAGGCUGAGUUAAUUGAAAUAGCCAAAAAACAAAAUUCGAUUAUUUAUUUACCCACUGGUACUGGUAAAACAUUAAUUGCGAUACAAGUUUUAUUAAGUAAAACUCAGGAAAUAAAAAAACCUUACAAUGAAGGUGGGAAAAGAGUUUUUUUUAUUGGUGCAACUAAAGUUUUGGUUUAUCAACUUGCAAAAGUUUUAUGCACUCACACAAAAUUUAAAAUCGGUUAUUACACAGGCGACAUGAAUGUUGAUUCGUGGAAUAAAGACAUUUGGUUGGGAGAGUUUUUAAAAAAACAAGUAAUGGUUUUAACUGCAGAAAUUUUAAAGGGAUUGUUAACUUUAAAAUUUAUCGGAGCAGAAAAUAUAAGUCUUAUAGUUUUCGAUGAAUGCCAUCAUGGGACUUUGAAUCAUCCGUAUAAAAGAAUCAUGCAAGAAUUUAAAGAUUUACCCGAUUCUAAAUUGCCUUUAAUUUUGGGUUUAUCAGCAACAUUAUUAAAAAUGAACAUUAAAAAAACAGACAUAGAAAUUUCAUUGAGAGAAAUGGAGGAAACUUACAGAGCCAAAAUUAUAUCGAUUAGUGAAAAUAGUGACAUCACUCGAUACAUGUCAGUUUGCGUUGAGAAAAUACUUAAUUAUAAUUUGAACACAACACAUUCCAUAAAUGAAGUUUUAAGCAUUUACGAUGAUGUAAUUAAAGUGAUAGAAGAAACAUUGAAUUUUGUUUUAGAAAACGCUCGUACUAGUUUAUUAGAAUUGGGAAUUUUUGGCGGUUCAUUAUCAGCUUUAUAUUACAUGAUAGAAUUGGAUAAAAUAAGGCUUUUAUCAACGGAUCCAGUUCAUUGUCAAAUAUUAAUUUAUGCUAAAACGGAAUUAUCCAUGAUUAUGGAAGACGAAGAAGAAAGUGGACAAUUAAUUUAUGAUUUUUCAUCAGGAAAAGUUAAACUCUUAAUCGAUACAAUACGAGAUUAUUUUAAUUCGGAUAAUUUCGAUUUCAAAUGCGGCCUUGUUUUCGUACACAGACGACAAACGGCUUUGUUAUUAGCUUUCAUUAUGCAAAGAUUAAGAGGUUGCGAUAAGAAUUUCGAAUCGGUUAAACCGGAAUUCAUGGUCGCUAGUUCUUAUAUGAAUAAUGAUUUUGUAGACAUAUCUCGAAAAAAAAACGAAAUAAUGAAAAGAAUGGCUUCCGGUGAAUUAAAUUUAAUAUUUGCAACGAAUAUACUUGAAGAAGGUAUCGAUUUGCCUGCUUGUAAUUUGGUUAUAAGUUUUGAUUUUCCCAAAGGAUAUUCAAGUUAUAUUCAAAGCAGAGGUAGAGCAAGAAACGAAAAUAGUAUUUAUUAUAUUUUCUCUGAUGAAAAUGAAAAAAAAAAUGAAAAACUUAUUGAUGAAUAUAGAGAUUUCGAGAAAACUUUAAACGAGAGAAUACGGGGAGAGAUAUCAUUACCAGAUGUUUAUUUGGAAAAAUGUAAUAAAAAUGAAACAAUUAGUAUAGUUGGCAAAUCGGACGCCAUUUUUGUCGAUGGAUGUAUGGCGAUUGCAUGCGUUGAAAAAUAUUGUGGACAAUUGCCUCAAGACAUGUUUACAUUUUUAUGUCCCGAAAUUUUUUAUAAAAAAUUUGGCGAAAUGAAACGUGCCUUUCUUAAACUUCCUUUUAAUUCGGGAAUUCCAGACGUCAUCGAGGGAGAUUUAAAGUCGAACAUGAAAGAAGCUAAAAAAUCUGUUUUUAUGAAAACCGUCAAAUUACUUCACGAAUUAAAUUUAAUUGACGAUUCAUUAAAUAUGAGACAGUUAGAAAUAGAAAAAGUUGAUUUCAAAUCGCUUUUUCCACAUUACAAAGAAGAAGAAAAAAUUGAUAAAACGUUACCACAACCGGGAACGAGGAAUAGAAAGCAAAUAUACAAUAUAAACGGCGUCGAAUGUUUGUCCGAUUGUAUUCCCGUUCCAGGAAUCAAAACGUAUCUUCACGUAAUUGAUUUUAAUGUCGGAUUUAAAAAACCAAAAUUAGAUAGAAAAAUAACAAUAUACGAAUUAUUAAAAAAACCUUGCACUUAUGGAAUAUUAUCUACUAAAAAACUCAAUAAGGUAUAUAUAUAA